AUGGGAGGUGUUGGUGGUCAAGGCGCUCAGGGUUCCUUCGGAGGUAACUCUGGAUUUGGUGGAGCUGGUGUAGACUCAAACGUCGGCCACGCUUUCCCUGGUGCUACCUCCAACCAAUACCUACCUCCUGACCAUGGACCCUCUGGAUCCAAUGGAUUUGGAGCUCAAAACUACCGUGGCCAGCAGUACAACGGUUUCCAAGCUCCUCAACAGUACCAGCCUAACUCCUUCGGUGCUAACUACCAGGGUCAGUACGGCCAGCAAUCUGCCGCCACCAACCGUCAGUACCUGGCUCCUAACUCCGGCUCCUACCAGGAACCUCCCCAGCAAGCUUUCGACGAACAAACUGGAUACCACUACUAA